UGGGUACAGGUUAUCAGUUCACACUCUUGCCUGUGCCUGUGGUACAUACAGUAUCAUAUACUAAGGCUAAUGUUACAUUAUUAGUAUACAUCGAGUUUGGUUGUUAGACUAAGAGGAAUAUUAGUAGACAUGAGACCAAUGCAGGAGAACAUCAAGGUGCUUUACUUUGCAAACAAAUGUCUGGAGCCAUAUGUAGAGAUCAUCACAGGGAAGGAUGCAGUGAAGUGUCGACGGAGCGUGUGCAGCUCAGAGGAGGGUAACCGCUCUGAGGACGAGGAGCCUGAGGACUUACUUCCUGUUCUCCGAAACCACAGCCAGCUCCUCAAUGACCACCACAUCGAGAGUCUAGCCAAUCACAUGCCAGCAAGGACACAGGGGUAUCCAUGGAACCUGGUCUACAGCACAGCCAUUCAUGGCACMAGCCUGAAGACUCUGUACAGGCAAAUGGCCCACAUCGACAGUCCUGUGCUUCUGGUCAUCAAAGACAUGGGAAAAAAGGUGUUUGGUGCCUUCUCCUCCCAUCCCUUCAGAGUGAGUGACUGUUGCUACGGAACAGGAGAGACUUUUGUCUACAGCCUCGACCCUGCAUUCAAGGCCUACAGGUGGAGUGGUGAGAACUCGUACUUCAUCAGGGGCCAUAUGGACUCUCUACAGAUUGGUGGAGGAGGGGGGCUUUUUGGCCUGUGGCUGGAUGCUGAUCUGUACCACGGUGCCAGCUACUCCUGUCACACCUUCAACAACCAGCCCCUGUCCACCCAGCAAGACUUCACAGUGCAGGACCUGGAGGUCUGGACUGUCCAGUAAACAGAGCGAGACACUGAGAGACUCAGAAGCGGAAAAGAGAGAGAA